GUGACGCAGGGCUUAUUCUGGCUUCUGAUUGGUCAGCUCGAGAAAGCUCAGAAAAAAACAGGUGACGCCAUAUUGUUAGCUUCACGAAGAGAAGAGCGAGCUCUACAUUUCUCAGUAAAGAUGCCAAAAUAGCUGACUUUGAUCGACUGUAGUUGCUAAGAGAUGGCGCACACUGGAGCGAUGGAAGAAGACGCAGCUCUGGGUGCUUGUUGCUCUGUCCAGCAGGGGUCUGGUGGUAGUAGUGUGUUUCUGAGAAGUCGACCAUGCUCCAGCGAGAGAGACGGUCAGGUGAAGGCUGUCAAAGCUGCUCUUCAGUCCAGGUUGGGGCCCUACGAGCCGGUCCUGACCUACCUACAGUCUGUCCUAGUGUGGGAGAGACCUCUACAGUGUCUGCUGCUCUACACUGUAGUCAACGUGGUCUUCUGGUUCUUCGCCCUGACCUCACUGCGCCUGCUGUUCCUGCUGGCUUCAGGUCUGGCUCUGUUUGUCUGUGUUGAUACCUGGAGAAAUAAAAUCUGGCCAGAGAUUAAAGUCAGACACAUGGACGAAUCAGAGAAUGAGAGCUGGGGUCUGGUGCAGCCCGGCAUCCUCAGUGUGCCUGAACUGUGCCACCACAUCGCUGAGGCCUGGGUCAGUGUAGCAGUUGUCUCAUCCAGUGUAGUGCAGUACAAACAACGUAACCCUGGCAAGUUCUGUGUGCUGACCUGUGGCGUGUUCACCUGCUUGGCUACGGUUGGACGCUACAUUCCUGGAUUGGUGCUCUCCUACUCGGCUGUAUGGGCUACUCUCCUGGCUCCUCUGGGAGCCUAUCACAGGAUUUUCCAGCAUGUGUUAGUGAAGCUGGAUCCGGUCCUGCAGCGACUGGACUUCAGUGUUUAUGGAUACAUGAUGUCAAAGCCUAUCGAUAAUCAGUUCCUGCGGAGGCCUCUCCGUGGUGCAGCCUCAGGUGAAGACAGUGAUAGCGAGGAGGAGUUGGCUGCUUUCUGCCCAUCGUUUGAUGAUGCUAUUGUUAUGAAGGAACUUGCUCUCACCGACUCUGAGCAUUCUGAUGCUGAGGUGUCCUACACUGAUAAUGGAACAUUUAACCUAUCGCGUGGCCAGACCCCGCUCACAGAGGGCUCUGAGGAUCUUGACAGACACAGUGAUGCUGAGGAAUCCUUUGCUCAAGACCUCCCAGACUUCCCCUCCAUAAACCCUGAUCACACUCUGAUGGAUGACGACGAUGACACCAGCAUAGGUCUACCUAGUCUGGCUAUGUCUGGGCUAACUAGUCACCGGGCUUCAGUGCUGGAUAUAGAUGCUCAUCUGGACUCAGAUCAGGAGGAUCUGGAUACAGAACUUUCUCUCAGCGGUCUGCCACUUGCCUCUGAUUUUGCCGGAGACUUGGCCGGAGUCAUCGCCAGCAACAUGAUCCAGGCAGCGCUGGCCGGGGCGAUGCAACCUCGGCCUCCUCCUACCCACCGCAGAGAAGGCCCUCCCAGGGCCGGAGCCCACCGAAGCUACCGCAAGCAGUCCAGCUCCGAGCUGGACACAGACUUGGACGGGGAGGACUUUGAAAUGCUGGAUCAGUCUGAACUGAACCAGAUGGAUCCCCUUGCAGGAGGAGGAGGAGGUAGUAGACGAGGAGAGAGCCAGGGAUCUAACUUCUUGUCUAGCCUGCUGGGUAAACCACAGUAGUGUGUGUGUGUGUGUGUUGAGUGUGUGUGUGUGUGUGAGAGCGCGUGUGUCCGUACGCCUGUGUGCACGAGUGCAACAUCAUGGGCAGUGUUCAUGUUGAUGAUUUUAGGUUCCAGCAGCCCUGCUUCUAAUUGGCAUCAGUUUAUCACUGUGAAGAACUUCUUUUCUAACUUUUCAAACUCUUUUCUCCCAUACUUUUAAACCCUGAUCAUCCAGACUUUUAUUUUGUAGGCUGAGCAAUAGGAGCUGCAACAACAAACAUAAAAAACAUUCAAACAUUACCAGCAUUAUUGAGCCUUGUUGCAGUCUUUUAAUUAUUUGCACCCAUAAGUUACAAGGGUACUUGUUAGUAACUAUAAAUAAAUAAACAACAGUGCCCAUAAAAAUCUUUUCUACCAGGAGGUCAAGACAUACAGGGCUAUUUAACAUGGGACCAAAUAUGACAUUCCUGUUGGUUGAGCUGAGCCAUAUUACUUUGAUAAUGACAUUAUGGAUCAGCAUUACAUGUUAAUUUAGUUUCUUUAGUCAUUUGAAUAGCUGAUAUAGAUUUAUUUAUAUAUACAUAAAUCAACCCCUCAUUUGUUUUCAUCACAUUUUGUCAAAAAACCAGCAGUUCAUGUUGCUGUUGAUAUUAGUGCUCUGCUGUUAUUUCAAGUAACAUGGCUUUUAUCCGUUAGAUGAAUUAUUUAAUGUUACAGGUUUACAGAUUUUAAUUAACAUUUCUUGAACACUUGUCAGCAGUUGUGGAUUUGGACAGCGAUUCUCUUCCAUGAUGAAGAUGCAGUUCUCUGUAUGACUUUCUUUACUUUUUUCCUUUUCUGCCGUCUAGCAUAUGAAAGCAUCCUCAUACAUUUUGGAAGCUUGUUUUCUUUUCUUUCAAUAAUGUCACAUUACAGUCUUAAGAUAUCUGACCUGGAGGAACACAUGAUGUUAUGUUCAUGGUAUUUAUGAACUUGUGCCCCAGGGGGAGGUCUGUUUCUUUUUGUUUGCGUAAGUUCAGAAUAUUUUUCACUUUCCUGCUCUUUAAUACAGCUCAAUAACAUAUGUCCAUGUUUAAUACCUUGAAGAAUGAGCCCUCAUUUUUGUGUGUUUUUCUUUUUCAAAAGUAAUAUUUAAACAAAUGUAUUAAUAUCUUUUACCAUCCUUGUAUUUCAUGUAGUUGACAGUUAUGCUGAACUUUUUAAGAGAAAAAUAAAAUAUUCAAUUCAUAGAUAUUUUACUAUUUUAAUGCAGAAACAUGUUUACAUCAAAAUUGGCUAUAAAAAGUUAUCCUAAUAUCAUUUUUUAAAAGUGUUACUAUGUAAAGGUUUAAAGUGGCUUUUGUGUGAAGGUGAGCCUGAUUUCCUUUUGAUGGACAAACCAUGUCAGUAUGUCAAAACUUUACUGUGGAAAUGGCACUAAAAACUUAAAUAAGCCACAGUUGAGAUUUAUUAAAAUUAAAUAUAUCGAGUCUAAAAAACAAUGCUGGGUUUUAAAUAGACACAUUGCUCUCUUGAUUUGUGUUAUUUUGAGAGGAAAUUAUAGCUGCAAAAGAUUAAGCACAAUAGGAAAAACUGCUGGAUCCACAUUCAUGGAGGUGAAGUAGGAAAAAGGUGCACUGAUAGGAAUUUGCUGGGAUUUUUAGGGUGGAAAAAGAGGAGGUAGUCUUAGUUGUUUGACUUGGUUUGACCACCGCAGUUAACCAGGAUGUUGCUCAUUGCUGCUCCAUGAAAAGUUAGUUCCUCAGUAUGAGUGAUCUGUAGUCAGUUACAUUAAUUAAUGUAAUGUGCAUAGUAGUGUAUUUUCUUCUCUGUAAUUGGUUUUGAUAUGUUUUGAUGUGCAAAUCGUAUUGAAUAAAAUGUUUGCAAUUAA